CCUGUCAUUGUCACUUGUCAGUUGUAUGGUACUAGAAUUUAAUUGUUGAUGAUUUAUUACAACAAUAAACAAUGGCAUUCACUCUUUGGAAUUUAUUCGAGGCUUCAAUUUUGUGCCUAAACGCGAUUUGCAUCUUACAUGAAGAACGCUUUUUAAGUAAAAUUGGUUGGAGUUCGAAAAGUCCCUCGGUUCAAGGUUUUGGAGAAAACCCGUCGGCUAAAUCCCAGAUUCUGAACUUAGUUCAUUCCAUUAGGACGGUAGCCAGAAUUCCGCUGAUCUUUUUAAAUGUACUUACUAUUGUCAUAAAAUUAAUUUUAGGUUAGGUUUGUUGUGUACAAAAAUUGCAUGUAUUGUGUUCUCUUUUUAUAAUAAUAAAUUAAUUACUUUGUUUAUAA